UCCUAUUGGAUAAUGUGGCAUUGUAUUCAAAACACUGUUGACUGUCCUCUACUUGAUUAUCUCUGAUUCCAAUUGGAGUGCUGGACCUCUUUUUUCGCCAAUGGGUAUUGUCAAGAUAGUAAGUCGUGAGCCUGCAGAGAAGAGUGGUUACAGCUGUGGAGACGAGGACCUCACAUGAGAUGACAGAAUGCUGCUUCAGAUCUUUCCCAGCCUGACUGAACGUGCGGAGGUGGACUGCGAGCUUGCAGUGUCCAGAGGUAAGAUGUGUAGUGUCCCCUAUGGGCUUUAUGAUCUGACUGAAUUGACGGAGUUUCUUUCUUUGGAGACUUGGAACUUAUGUCUGACAGAACAUGAUAGAUUCCGUUUAGCAGCCUACGUCCCAGACAUGGACCAGCAUGACUUUCCUACAACAAUGAAGGAGCUGCUUAGUGGCGAUGCUAUGUUCUUUGGGAGUCCACUUAGAAGCUUUUUCCUCAGAUUGAACAGUGGGUUCUAUUCUCCUGAAGUUUCUCAGGCAAGAGAGUUACUGAUGAUCUUUUAAAGAUGAAGACAUUAUCAUUUUCUGAAGUUGUACCAUGAUGGCAUGGUUGGGAAGUUUGCAUCCAAGGACAAGCUAUUGAAAAGUUCUGAUACAAGUGCUAGUUUUGGUGAGAUGGUUCCCAUCUCGCACAAUAGGGGAUAUGAGAAGCAUUUCCCAUGUGUUGGUCUUAGCAGUUCCACUCUACCAGUUACCGUCAAGGGUGAAGCUGCCACUUUUUCACCAUUGAAGCAAGCCAAACUUAUGGAUGGGACAUUAACCACUCAUUGUUCAACCAAACAUAAAGAAACAUUCCAUAUAGACAAAACAUCCGAUAGUCAAAUCUUCCAUCAUCCCAAUGAGUCUAGGCAAGUUGGUAGUAAGCUACCAAAAGGUGUGCUGAAAAUAAGGAGUAGUUGUGCUUCUCUUACUGAUGGCAGUGAAGGGAUACAUCAUACACCUGGACUGAUCCUAGUUGAUCAACUGGAGAUGCAGAGCUCCAGCUUUUUCACUCCACCUCAUGCUUUUGCACAUAGUGUACAUGGUUUUGCUGAUAAUUCAUCUUCUCGCAUCAACACAAUCAGAUAUACUUCCGGUAGUUCACCAUCAAGUCCCUUGCAAUGGACAGGUGCACCGGAAACUUACACUCUGAUGCCAAAAGUACUUGGAGUCCAAAUGACAGUUCCAGAGGAGCUAAAAGCAGUAUACCCUUCCGUGAUGCUGAGAGGCUUCUAUAAGCCAGCAGCUAACCAUAGUUUAGCAUAUUCCAGUGAAACAUAUGACACCGGAGAAUUUCCGCACGUGGUAAACCUUUUGAAGAACUUUAGUCGACAAAACAGCAUAAUUCAUAGAAUUUCUGAUCCAUAUACAAGAGUUAGUGCUGGUCAUCAAAUGAAUGGAUACACGACAAUGCAUAGUUCGAGAAAUCCUGAUAGUAUUUCGGAGAUGUUGAACCUGAGCACAAGGAUAUAUCCACCUUAUAACAACUUCUCAGAGCAGUUGGAAACCAUGCAAAAGUAUCAUGACGGCCUGAAGCUGAAGAUACCUCUUGCCAUGCCUGUUACCGGAGUUGAACAAGCACAUCGAUUCCCUUACACCUAGCCAAGGAGGAAGCUGCGCAAGAGUCUUGACAUUGUGGAUCCAAUCAAGACCUCAACCAUGGAGGAAGAUACAGUGUCGCCGAGUGUGCGGACCAGCAUGGCCAACAUGGAAGCAAAGGCAAUCAAACUCUGAAGCCUGGCAGCUGCAAACUAUGAGAGCUGAACAUGAUUGGCAACGGAACUUAGCAUCCAUCUAACAUAGUAAAUAAGCUUUUUUUUUUUGCUUUCUCCUAGGACGCCAGAUUGACCGAAGCCUACCUUGAUGAUAUAUUUUUGUUAAAUGGCAUAAGUAGUUCACACUUCUAUAGUUGAAGUAUGCAAUUAUGCAGAGCUGUCAUAUAUUACUCCAAUUUCUAUGGAGGCUUUUUCUUGCCAUUAUACAUAUCCAGG